AUGAAUGAUGGAAUAUCUGCUCCCGGAACGCCGGUGAAAAACUUUCAGACACCUAGUAGACCAUUAAGUCAACAACAGUUUCGAUCAUUGAAAGAGAAGGCAGCGAAGCAGUCGCCAUCAUUGUAUAAAUUCAAGGUUCUAAGUGACCCUACGAAAAAGUCUGGACUCGGAAGCUCAGAAAUUGCGAAACAAAGUGCCCAGAAAACUGUUCCUGAGAGCGAUUCGUCGUUAUUUGAGAGAUCUGUGUUUUCUGGAAGAAGGGAAAAAUCUUCGGAUGGUGGGUUGAUUGGACAUCUAUCUAAAGACAGGAGUCGGUUAGAAAACAAUAUAAAACAGCAUAUUCCUCCUAAGGCCAAAGUUCUUCUCUCCAAAGUUUCUUUGAAGUCGCAUGAACAGCCCAGAACAUCGUUACAGGCGGAGUCAAGUUCCAGUUCCGACCUUUUGCCUGAUGAAGCCCCACCUACUGGGAACGAAACUACGAAAUGGGACGGAUCUGAGGGCCAGCUAACGGACUUUGAAAACCCUGCAUUGGCUGUGUUCACGUCCAGGAUGGUGAACAAGGAACUGGAGAUGAGGCGUUUACUAACGAAUAUCGUGUUAGCCUUGAUUUGGAAUCUUAUAAGCAAGUUCGUUAUGCUGUUUUUCCAAUACACUAAAAAAGGUGCCCAGCUGCGAGACGAGAUACACCGCUUGGUGCUAAAAUACGUGGUUUAUAAAAUAUACCCUCAGGCGCACGUUCAAUCAAUAUGGUUUCAGUUGCUUUCGUGGCAAUGCAUCACCAGCGUUUUCCAUUUGAUUGUGCUAUAUAAUAUUGGUGUGUGUCUGUGGAACUUAUUAGUGAAGGCACAAAACCUUGAUAUGUCUGAUUUGAACCUCACUGAACAUCAAAAACGCUUGCUAGGUAUCAUUGAUGACCAUGCAACUACAGCAAACUCCACAGCACCUGCUACUGGCGAAAGACUGUCAAACAAUAAGCCCACUGGCAAGAAUGUACACAAUACGUUUGUGAAUGAUGCAGAUUCUAAGGCUGGCCAUAAGCCAUUUAUUUUCAAAUCUCUACAAACCCCAACAAAGAUGCGUGAAGAGCAAUACUCUAGUAGGAAUGAAAUUGGCGGUCAAAACCACGUUUCGUUUUCGGUUCAGCCGAAGAAAGUAAACGCUUUUGGGGUACAAUCUGUAGAUGCCACUUCUAUGACUCCGAUGAGAUCUCUUCCAUCAAUUAGGUCACAGCGCCAAGAGAUCCGUCCAGGUUACAUACCAAGUAACAGGUACACAUAUAUGAUGGACUCUCCUAGCUCAACAAGAAAACUUUGA